AUGGAACUGAACAAGACGAAUGUGGACGAAGAAAGGAAUCUAGCCGAUGACUUUAAAGAAAAGAGCAUAAAAGCCCGCAGAGAUGUGGUAACCACCCGUCAUCCCCACUACUAUUACCUUGUAGAUUUUCAUACAAUGACGCUCCAACGCUCCGUUCUUUUCAUCGCUCUGCUGGUCCUGUCAUGUGCUUUCCUAGUAGUCGCUCAGCGUACCACCGUUGACAUUGCCUUUAAAGGCAAGUCCAUCGAAGUGAAGGGAAGCAUCACAGCCGAUGAUGCUUCGAAAGAAGGUGCCGAGAUUUCGCUGGCGAUGACUGGCCUCGACCCAUCCGUGAAAUAUAAUUAUCAUAUCCACAACCUCGCCGUUGCCGGCAGCAAUUGCAACUCAACCGGAGACCACUACGACCCGCAAAAAGUUAACACGCCCCCGUCUGCUUCUUACGCGUGCAAAGCCAACAAGGCCAAAGAAACCUGCGAAGGAGGUGACUUGUCCGGCAGAUUUGGGGCUGUUCAAGGCAAGGCCACGGCUUCGCUCCGUUUUACGCAUCCUCAGCUUAAGUUGGCGGAUAUCAUUGGCCGCAGUAUUGUUGUGCACGGAGCCAACAAAGCACGCCUCGCUUGCGGAAAUAUCUUGGCUCCUGGCCCCGCAAAAAAGUCUGACCCCGCAAAAAAGGCUGACCCCGCGAAAAAGGCUGACCCCGCAGCAAAGGCUGACCCCGCGAAAAAGGAUGCCCCCGCAGCAAAGGCUGACCCGGCGAAAAAGGAUGCCCCCGCAAAAAAGGAUGCCCCCGCAGCAAAGGCUGACCCCGCGAAAAAGGCUGACACCGCAAAAAAAGAUGCCCCCCAAAAAAAGGCGUUGGCGCCAGUACGGCGCCGUAGGAAUACGUGGAUAGACCGAGUACGUUAGGUAGAUGGGUGGUAGCCG